AUGAAUGUUUUUUUUUUGAAAUCCACAGAAACGUUUUGCCACAAUCCUCAAUACAUCAUCACUCUGAAUGAUCCUGAUGAGGAGGACGAGGAAGACAAGUGUACUGUCCUUGUUGCUCUCAUGCAGAAGAACAGGCGCAAAAUGGGUGCUAAGUUUCUAUUCAUUGGGUUCGCCGUGUACCUUUUGGAAGAUGCAGAUGACCUGCCGAGACCGCUGGACCGGGAAUUCUUCGAGUCCAACGAGUGUGUGGCGAAAACGCGGUCAUUCACCAACCUGCGUGAGGUGACGGCUCGCUUUAAGCUGCCACCCGGUGUCUACUGCAUCGUGCCCUCCACAUUCAAACCGAACUACGAGGGUGAGUUCCUACUACGCGUCUUCUCCGAGACCAAGAAUCACAUGCAGGAAAACCACGAAAAAGUUGGAAUGGGCCAAAUCGACAAUAGAGUCAAGGUGGAUGAUGACGAAGAAAAAGAAGAAGAAGAAGAAGAAGAAGAAGAAGAAGAAGAAGAAGAAGAAGAAGAAGAAGAAGAAGAAGAAGAAGAAGAAGAGGAAGAAGAAGAAGAAGAAGAAGAAGAAGAAAUAAGAAGAAGAUCUAUCUGAUCUCUAUCUAAUCUUGAUCAAAUAAUAAUCUUACAUCUGGUUAUCUGGCUAUUAAUAUGGUUAUUUUUGUCCAACGGAUCUCGAAAACAGCUCUAAGAUUCACGAAAUUUGGAACAUAGUAGGUUUAUGAUAUAGAAACUCGAUGGCACUAGGUCUCAUCCCUGGGAAAACUCGCUGAAGGACAUGAAAAUGAUAGCAAUUAUUCAUCCUUGGAGAAACAGAUGAUAUUUUCGUCGUCUGUCAAUAACAGAAGAUGCGAGUGCCUGUUUAUGGGAGAUCAGCUGUAUGAUCAAUCAGCUUACCGUAUCUCACGAGAAAUAUGAUCUAGAAUUUUUAAUAGACUUGAUAAAAUUAAUCUGAUUGUUGACAUGACAUGGUAUAUUAUUCUAAAUUAUAGUAUAUCAUAAUUUUCAAAGUUAAUCAUUAUUUUACAGUUUUAAGUGUUUAGAGAGUGUUAUUUUGUUAUUCAAUUUGGUUUGCAAACAAUAUAAAUAUAUAACUUUUCUGUUUUCAAA